AUGCGUGGGCAGGAGAGAUGGUGUGUUGUGACAGGGGGGAGAAGCUUUGCUGCACGGCAUCUGGUGCAAAUGCUCAUCCAUUACGACAUGUUUUCAGUUCGUGUCGCUGACUUGGGCCCCUCUAUCAAGCUGGACCCUGACGAGGAGAAGGGAACCCUUGGUGAUGCUAUAAGAUCAGGCCGUGCUCAAUAUGUAUCCACCGAUCUUCGAGAUAAGUCCCAAGUUCUCAAAGGGACCAAGAAUGUAAUUGAUGCUUGUGUUGAGUUAAAAGUAAAGAGACUAAUCUACACAAGCUCUCCUAGUGUGGUACUUGAUGGUGUUCAUGGAAUAUUUAAUGGGGAUGAAUCGUUGCCAUAUCCUGCCACGCACAAUGAUUUCUAUUCAACAACUAAAGCUGAAGGAGAGGCACUAGUUAUCAAGUCAAAUGGUACUAAUGGGCUUCUAACAUGCUGCAUUCGUCCUAGCAGCAUUUUUGGUCCUGGUGAUAAGUUACUUGUUCCAUCUUUAGUUGCUGCAGCGAGGGCAGGAAAAUCCAAGUUCAUUAUUGGCGAUGGGAAUAGCAUGUAUGAUUUCACUUAUGUUGAAAAUGUGGCAUAUGCUCAUAUAUGUGCUGAAAGAGCUCUAGCAUCAGAAGGGACAGUUGCAGGGAGAGCUGCGGGGCAGUUGUUCCUGUUGCCUCAACUCUGCUUUUUUGCCUACAAAUAA